UAAGGACAGAUUUGUAAACAUUCUCAAAUCCUUCAAAAACCCUAAUUUCUUUCUGUGAGCUUAUUGAGAACGAAGAAGAUGACGGGAGAGGUAGUGAACCCUAAGGCGUAUCCGUUAGCAGAUUCUCAGCUUUCGAUAACAAUAAUGGAUCUUGUUCAACAAGCUACUAACUACAAGCAGCUUAAGAAGGGAGCUAAUGAAGCUACCAAAACAUUGAACCGUGGAAUCUCUGAGUUCGUUGUUAUGGCUGCUGAUGCUGAACCACUUGAGAUUCUUCUUCAUCUUCCUUUGCUUGCCGAAGAUAAGAAUGUGCCAUAUGUGUUUGUACCUUCGAAACAAGCAUUGGGAAGAGCAUGUGGAGUAACAAGACCUGUUAUUGCUUGUUCAGUGACAUCGAAUGAGGCAAGCCAGUUGAAAUCGCAGAUUCAGCAUCUCAAGGAUGCAAUUGAGAAGCUCCUGAUCUAAGGAUUUCUGCUCAGUAUGAAGAGUCUCUGCAAUGUGGAAUGGCUCUGACUGAAGUUAGUUUGUGUGAUUUACCUAUUUGAAGAAUGUAUUGUGACUGGUGUUAAUGCUUAGUAUGUGGAUCAUCAUCGCUCAUUUGUACAAUUGAGUUUCUUAGAUUUUUAUUUUGGUGCUUGCCAAGCACUGCUUGGUUUGUAUUGAGACAUAACAGGUAAAGAGCCGUCAUGGUUCUUUAACUGUCUAUUUAUUACACUAACGAUCUAUCCUUAAGUCCCAUUACGAAAAAAUCGAAAAUUAUUCUUAUCUUCCAACA